UCGCGUUUUUUGCUGACUCGGCUGUUUGAUUGCUCGCUAGCAACUAGUGUAGCCGAUUCGCCAGAGACGUAUUUAUUCAAGGUUUUCUACUCCGCCAUGUUCGUCCGCAGUACCGCGCUGGGUCGGUUAUUAGGUGGCCUCGUUAUUUCUGGGAAAAACCGGCAUUUUCGAGUAAGCCUCAAGUUCAGUGUAUUAACAAUCUCCUACGACAUUUUCCCGUGGGUUGCUAACUCAGGCCAAGCCUCUUAGCUCUUCUCACAUCUGCUACUAUUGAAUUCUGCUCUUAGGCGAAACUACUGAUACCUUCUUAAUCUUAACUCUUCAUCCCGCCAUCACCGAGCCUCAGCGCUUCGCUAAACGGUUCAGCUUCCUAAUCCCGUCGCCGGUGGCAGCGCAAUUUCCGGCGAUAGACACUUCUGUAGAACCCCCGCAUUGCGGAUGGCGGUUUGAAGAAGCCACGUGUCCGCUUCCCGUUGGAGAAUCAUGGGAGCGUGUCUGUCCACUGAAUCCUCAUCCAACGUUCGGAAGAAGCGCAAACCCCAAGAAACAACAACUCUUCCCCCCCUCACCUCCUCCCUCUUUUCCGCCCCCACUAACCCCCCCUUUCCUCCCCCUCAGUCUUCCGCCCAACCCACCACCAAAACCAACUCCCAACCCCCUCCUCCGCCUCAGUCCCCCCCAUCCGCGCAAAAAAUCCCCCCCUGCGCUCAAGACACUCCCCCUUCCGCCAACUCGACCAGAAGCAAGCCCCCCAGGGCUCCAGGGGGGGUUCAGCCCCGCAGUCUAUCAGUUGGGGGAGAGGAGGAGGGAGGGGGAGAGGGCCGGGUCGGGCGAGGGGGAAGGGGGAAUGGGGGGGGGAGUGGCAGCAUGCAUGGGGGGAAUGGGGGGGAUGGGGGAGGAGAAUUGGGGGGAGGAGGGGGAGGGGGAGGAGGAGGCGGUGGAGGAGGAGGGGGGGGAGGAGGGGGGUACGGCUCCAGACGAAGAUCGCCUGCCAGAAUACAGUUAGGGGCUUCACACGCUAGAUCUGCUUCAAAUAGGUCUUUAAAUGCCUCGCCUGCUAGAUCGCUAGGGUCUCCCACUCGAUCUGUAGGCUCGCCUGUUAAUCCACACUUUCGGCCGCAGCAGCAGCAUGGGCAGCAGCAGGAGGGUAAUAAGUACGGGCAGGGCUUUAGAGAGCAAGAGCAGGGGAACGGGCAGAGGAACGGGCAGGUUGCGAAAAAACGUCCGCCGGGUUUCCCCCGGUCAAAUUCCUCACCCGGAAAAUUUCUCGACCAGCUGCCCGACGUGGUUCUUUCGGAGCUUGCCCCAGAUUCUCUGCACCGAUUCUCUUACGAUGAGCUGGCGGCAGCAACCAAUGGGUUUGCGCCAGCUCAGCUAAUCGGCGAAGGGGGCUUUGGGCAGGUUUACAGGGGAUGCAUUAGCGCUGAAAUCUUAGAGAGAGGGGAGAGAGGGGAGAGAGGGGAGAGAGGGGAGAGAGGGGAGAGAGGGGAGAGAGGGGAGAAAAGCCCACCUGGCGGGGGGAUGGUGCAGGUGGCGGUUAAACAGCUAAGGGAGGAGUCGAAGCAGGGAGCCGAGGAGUUUCUGAGGGAGGUGCUGGUGCUGGGGCGCCUGGCCCACGCGCACCUGGUGCAGCUGUUGGGGUACUCCGUCGACCUGGGCGCGUUCCUGGUAUACGAGUUCAUGGAGGGGGGCAGCCUCGACUACGCCCUCACCGACAGUGCAAAGGGCGAGCUGUACUUUGACUGGUCCAUGCGCCUCAAGGUGGCGGUGGAGGUGGCAGAAGCCCUUACCUACAUGCACCGGUGUAAUUUCAUUCACCGCGAUAUCAAGGCUGCUAACGUGCUGCUGAAAUCGGACUACUCGGCAAAGCUGACUGAUUUCGGCAUGGUGCGGGUGGGUCCGGGGGGUCAGCUGCGGUCUAUCGUGUCAACGAGGAUCAUGGGCACAGAGGGAUACAUCGACCCCAGCUACCUAGAAACAGGUCACCUGGGGGCCAAGAGUGACGUCUAUUCCUUCGGCGUGAUCCUCCUAGAGCUCCUAACUGGGCAGAGAGUGCAAGAACAGGGUAACCACCUGGUAACUGCGCGCCGGCAGCAGUUCCAGGAUCUAACCCUGCCCUCGCAGCACUACGCCGACCCUGGGAUGCAAGGGAGGUACCCCGAGCUGGGGGUGCGUCAGCUGGCGACGCUGGCGAAGCACUGUGUGGCGGAGGAGAGGAAGAAUCGGCCGAACAUGGAGACAGUUCUGCUGCAAUUGAAGGAGAUUAGGGACGUUCCUGUGGUGGCGGAUAGAGGAAGCACGUUUUGAGGUGGGCUUAAAGGGUGGCGCUGGCAAUCCCUGGCUGGCGAGGCGCUGCGUGGCCGAGGAGAGGCAGAAUCGGCCGAACUUGGAGAUGGUGCUGCUGCAGUUGAAGGAGAUCAUGGGCGUUCCUGUGGCGGCGGAUGGAAUACUUUCUGAGGCAGCUCAUUGGGAGGUUGCGCUGGCAGUACAGCUCACUGUGUGACAGAGGAGAGGCAGAAUCAGAGGGGGUUCUGCUGCAGUUGGAGACGCUGGUAACGCACUGUGUUGCAGAGUGGCGGAUAGGUUGAACAUGGAGAUUGGUCUGCUGCAAUUGCUGUAUAUGCCCACUACUCCGCACUGUUGGAAAGGUGGGGAAAUAUGUUAAAUUUUAUAUUUGAUAAAUAUAUAAUGGUAGGCUUG